GGUAAUGUUGGAGAUCUAAGAUGAUGAAGUUCCUGCAGACAUGGUUGCUGAAGAAUCUGGUCCUGGAGCUCAAAAUAGUCCCUAUCAACUACGAAGAAAGUCCCUGUUGUCCAAGCGGACUGCUUGCCCAGGAAAGAGCCCCAUGGAGGGAGCCUCUACUUCAGCCACAGAAACCUUUGGGCCUCGAGCCAAGAGGCCCCGGAUCUCAGGGAAAUCUCUGGAUCUGCCAGCUGCUCCAGCUGAGCAGUACCUCCAGGAGAAGCUGCCCGAUGAGGUGGUCCUGAAGAUCUUCUCCUACCUGUUGGAGCAGGACCUCUGUCAGGCAGCACGUGUGUGCAAGCGCUUCAGUGAACUGGCCAAUGACCCCAUCCUCUGGAAGAGACUUUACAUGGAGGUAUUUGAGUACACACGCCCCAUGAUGCACCCUGAGCCUGGAAAGUUCUACCAGAUCAAUCCUGAGGAGUAUGAGCAGUCAAACCCCUGGAAAGAGAGCUUUCAGCAGCCGUGCAAGGGAGCUCAUGUGAAGCCUGGCUUUGCUGAGCAUUUCUACAGCAACCCUGCCAGGUACAAAGGACGGGAGAACAUGUUGUACUACGACACCAUCGAAGAUGCUCUUGGUGGCGUACAGGAAGCUCGUUUUGAGGGGCUUAUAUUUGUCCACUCUGGGAUUUACAAUGACGAGUGGAUCUACAUCGAGUCACCCAUUACCAUGAUUGGCGCUGCACCUGGGAAGGUAGCGGAUAAGGUGAUUAUUGAGAACACCCGGGACUCCACAUUCGUAUUCAUGGAAGGAUCUGAGGAUGCCUAUGUGGGCUACAUGACUAUUAGGUUCAACCCUGAUGACAAGUCUGCCCAACACCACAAUGUCCACCACUGUUUAGAGAUCACUGUAAACUGCAGCCCGAUUAUAGAUUACUGUGUCAUACGGAGCACAUGUACAGUGGGUUCCGCAGUAUGUGUAAGUGGUCAGGGCGCCUGUCCCACUAUCAAGCACUGCAACAUCAGCGACUGUGAGAACGUGGGACUUUACAUCACAGACUAUGCACAGGGUGUAUAUGAGGACAAUGAGAUCUCCAACAAUGCUCUGGCAGGCAUCUUGGUGAAAAACCAUGGCAACCCCAUCAUCCGACGAAACCACAUUCAUCAUGGAAGGGAUGUUGGAGUGUUCACCUUCGACCAUGGCAUGGGCUACUUCGAGAGCUGCAACAUCCACCGGAAUCGUAUCGCUGGCUUUGAGGUGAAGGCUUACGCAAACCCCACAGUGGUGCGCUGUGAGAUCCACCAUGGACAGACAGGGGGCAUCUAUGUGCAUGAAAAGGGUCGUGGCCAGUUCAUCGACAAUAAGAUCUAUGCGAAUAACUUUGCUGGAGUCUGGAUCACAUCUAACAGUGACCCCACUAUCAGGGGAAAUGCCAUCUACAAUGGCAACCAAGGUGGUGUUUACAUAUUUGGAGAUGGGCGGGGCCUCAUCGAAGGGAACGACAUCCACGGCAACGCCUUGGCAGGGAUCCAGAUCCGGACCAACAGCUGCCCUAUCGUUCGACAGAACAAAAUCCAUGAUGGGCAGCAUGGAGGCAUCUAUGUACACGAAAAGGGUCAGGGUGUAAUCGAGGAGAAUGAAGUGUACAGUAACACCCUGGCGGGUGUGUGGGUGACCACCGGAAGCACACCGGUUCUGCGGCGGAACCGGAUACACAGCGGAAAGCAGGUUGGAGUAUAUUUUUAUGACAAUGGACAUGGUGUUCUAGAAGACAAUGACAUCUACAAUCACAUGUACUCUGGUGUUCAGAUCAGAUAACAAGAUAAUGAACAACCAAGAUGCCAUUGAAAAAGCUGUCUCUAGGGGGCAGUGCCUGUAUAAGAUUUCCAGUUACACCAGCUACCCGAUGCACGAUUUUUAUAGGUGUCACACAUGUAAUACCACAGACCGUAAUUCCAUCUGCCUGAACUGCAUCAAGAAGUGCCAUCAAGGACAUGAUGUUGAGUUCAAUCGGCACGACAGGUUUUUCUGUGACUGUGGAGCAGGGACAUUGUCAAACCCAUGCACACUUGCUGGAGAGCCCACACAUGACACAGACACUCUGUAUGACUCUGCCCCUCCUAUAGAGUCCAAUACAUUGCAGCACAACUGAGCUUGACCUCAGCUGUUACCUUUUAAAGGGCCGUGGACUAAACGCACCAAAUGGAUGCUUUGAUCAGUCUGGACCCAAAAAGACUCCAUGUUUAAUGUAUGAUGAUGGAGAAAGAUAUGCACACUAGAAAUAAAAUCUUUAAAAACAUACUAAAAAACUGAAAAGCAAAAGCUGACCCAGCUUCUAAUGGAGAAGUUUAUAUAUUUAAAGAAAACCUUUAAAAGGCUUUCCUGUGUCUGUGGAUGUAAAACUUUUUUUUUCUGUUAAUGCAAACGUUUUGAAGAAAAGAAGAAAUGAACGUCGAAGAGAAGCAAUAUGUUGACUCAGGAUUAUGGAGAGUAAGGGGGCGUGACUUCAGCUGUACUGCCUCUGCAACAUCUGAGAUGCUGCUGUAGGAGGAGCUUAGCUGCAGUCUGGUACCCAGAAACACAAGGAGCCAUAGUCCCUCUCACUGAAGAGGGAUGUCAUCCUGUUCAGUAGGCUGGGCGCUGCCCAUACAGCCACCUUGGCAACUGUUUCUAGACAGCAGUGGUGCUGGUAAAUGUUUGGUGAAGGAACAAAAGGUGAUCUAGCACUUCAGCUUUUUUUAAUGCCAUUCUGAUUGUCACAUGAUUUUAAUGCUUUCCCACAUAGUUUUGU